UCAUCAUCUGGGGGUGGCUGUCUAUAAAAGUCUGUUAAGAUUCAGUGACCAUUCGCUCUUCACCAAGUGGGCUAGUCACGGAUUUCCCUCCACAACUGUGCUUCAUUUAAACCCCCCCACCCCAGGAAAAAAAGAACUAGCGGCUGAGAUUAACCACUAUGUGCUACGGAAAGUGUGCCAAGUGCCUGGGCAUCACACUCAUUCCUCUGGCUCUUCUUGGUAUUAUCUUAAACACUCUGCUCUUUUUCCCGAAUGGAGAAACGGGAUACAAUACUCCUGAGAAACUGGCCGGCACCGUGUGGUGUUUCAGUGGGAUUCUAGGAUCUGGAUUACUGAUGGUGUUCCCAAUCCUCGUCUUCAUGGGCAUGGAGAAUAACGACUGCUGUGGUUGCUGUGGAAACGAGAGCUGCGGGAAACGGUUUGCGAAUUUCUCCUCUGUAAUCUUUGCUGGGAUAGGUGUGGCAGGAGCGGCCUACUGUUUCAUCGUUUCUGCAGUGGGCCUCAACGAAGGUCCAAAAUGUACCACAACGAGGAACAGCAAUUACACCUAUAUCUUUACUAACGGCGACUACCUGGGAAAUUACACCAUGUGGGAUGCCUGCAUUGAUCCGCCCAAAAUUGUCACUUGGCACGUCACCUUGUUCUCUCUCCUGUUGGUGCUAAGUGUGGUUCAGAUCGUUAUUUGUGCCAUCCAAGCUGUCAAUGGUCUGAUUGGAUUUCUCUGUGGGGAGUGCAGCUGCUGUGGCUCAGGUAGUUACCAUAAUUGUAUUGUUACUUUAUCUUAUCGCACGCUGACCCAUUUCUUGCCAAACUAA